AUGGCGCGCGCAGCCUGCGGGCGCGGCGUCGCGCUGGCCGUCCAGGUGUCGGUCCUGAUGUUCUGCUUCGGCUUCUGCGUGGUUUACCUGGUGGUCAUAACCGACGUGCUGACGGGGACGCCGCCCCAGUGCAACGGGCUGAUCUGCCAGCUCACGGGCGUCAGGGAGGGGCCCCUCGUCGCGCGGCGCUUCGUGAUGCUCGCGCUGGCCGCCGGCGUCGCGGCGCCGCUGCUGCUCUUCAGGUGA